AUGGUGGAUUUAAAUUUUGGAAAAUUCGCUCCCCCUCUAUCUCUAUCUCUCUCCCCCUCUCUCCCUCUCUCUCCUUCUCUCUCUCUCUCUCAGACGUUCGCUAACUAUCAAAUACAGAAAUUGACUUCUCUUUCUUUCUCUUGCUUUCUCGUUUAUCUAUUUUACUACAGAAGAGCAAAUAUGCAGUCCUAUCUAUCUAUCUAUCUAUCUAUCUAUCUAUCUAUCUAUCUCAUUAUGUUCAUAUCUAUCUAUCUAUCUAUCUAUCUAUCUAUUAUAGCGAAACACACCUAUUCUAUUUCCCUUCAUAUCUAUCUAUAUAUCUAUCUCAGUCUGUUCAUUAUCUAUCUAUCUAUCUAUCUAUCUAUCACAGUCUCUUUAUUUUCUCUAUCUGUAUGUUUGUCUCUCAUGACCGAUUCCUAUUAUCUAUCUAUCUAUCUAUCUAUCUAUCUAUCUAUCUAUCACUGUCUUUAUAUUCUGUAUCUGUAUGUAUGUCUCUCUCUCUCUCACCACCGAGGUCUAUCAACUACGAGAGUGCGAACAGUUGUCCUCUGUGUCACUUCUCUUUUCUCUCUCUCUCUCUUCUUUUUUCUCUCUCUCACACACACGUUUGAGGUCUAUCAAGUACAGAAGAGCGAAGAUGUUCUCCUCUCUCUCUCUCUAAUCUCUUUCUCAUGA